AUGAUGAAUCAUCAAGAAUGCAAUAAUACUAGUAUUAGUAGUACUAGUCUUGUUGAUGUGUCUUCAUUUUUGCUUUUUGAAUCUACGGGCGAUUCUGAGUUUGAUUCUAAUUUUUGUAGUACGAUAAGUGAUGAUCCAAUUGAUUCUUUGAUCACUUUAAAUUCUUCUCAUCAACGCUUUCUUGAAGAUGAUGAUGCACAAUCAUGUAGCUAUGAAGAUAUGGAAAUGGAUUUCAAAAUUGAGAACAACGAUGAUAAUGAUAAUGAUGAUGAUGAUGGUGAUGUGGAUACUUAUUCGAGAUCUUCUAGUGAUUUUAAUCGUUGGAACAGUGAUAUAGAGGACGAGGAUGAGGACGAGGACGAUGGGGGUGUAGUUGAACAAGGUUGGAUGAAUAAAUGUAAUAAUUUGAAAUUGAAAAGUAAUGUUUGUAGUGUUGGUGUUGAUUCUGAAUUGAAGAGCCAAAAAGACAAGGAUAAGCUUUUUUGGGAAACUUGUUUGGCUUCUUAA